AGGAAGAGCUGAACGAGGGAGGUUUAGGGACCUGCCACACCAAAGCCGGGUAGUACUGGGGAGGCGAUACACGGCUAACGUGAAAUCCCUCACCGGCUGACUCAACCUCUUUCUGACACCGAGUGGCUAACCUCUUAUGCCAAGCCAGGUCUAAGAAAUACCAUAACCUUGCAUUGCAUUGUCGCCAUCCCACCCGACUAGCAGCAGUUUCCAUUUCUCUUACAUCAUGGGAAUCAAUCGUCAAAAUCUCUAAGGUGCUAACGAGCAGCGGUGCGACAUUAGCCGAAGCCCCAUGGAGCCAGACGUGAUCCGUAUGUACUCCUCCUCUCCUCCGCCGAUGGAGGACGGGGCCGAGGAAGAGGACGAAGAAUUCAGCGACUUCACGGGCGUGCCCAACAGCGUCAGCUUCACCGAAUUCGACACGCCGGUCACUUUCGACCAAUCGCAGGCCUUGAACGCCACCUCCCCGCCGGAACUGCUCAGCAAUGGUGGGGUCGUUGGAUUUCCAGAUCAUGGGCUAACGGGGCCCGCGAAGUCCAAUGGCGUUAUCUCUGGCAGUGGCCACGGGGACUUUCCUGCCACUGGAAGAACAGUUAGCAUUGAGGAAUUAAAAAGACUUGCGGAUCACUCGCAAGUUACCUCGCAUACGAACUCCCUCGACCCGGCCGGGAGCGCUCGGACUGAGGGCGAAACCGUCACUGACUGUACCGCUGUCGGGUCAGCGGAGGUUCUUACGAAUGGAUUUGCGGAUUUCGAUACGCAAGGAACCCCUCCUUCUCGUCAUAAAAACAGGGCGUCCACCCCCGUUUCGUCGGAGGACAGUUGCCCUAGCCCUCGCCCCAACGACGUCAACAACGAUGACGACGAUUUCGCAGAUUUUUCCGCUUUCUCCGAUGCUGACGUUCCCAGUCAGUUCGACCAGGGUGCUGUCGAAAGCGUCGACCGGGAACAGACAGACAGUCGGGACAGACCGAGGGAAGGUGAUGUCUGUCAACCACAUAAUGAAGGUAAACUUUUUGCUAGCUCAAAAGAGAACAGUGGUAGCACAGGGUUCGACUCGCCGCCAUUUCCCGCCGAGGCCGCCGACGGCCUGAGCAACGGGGAGUGGGGCUUCCACACAAGGGCUAAUUUUGAACAAAGGGAUCUGAACACUGACAAUGCACUUCAGAACUCUCCAGAAACUACUGAAUCUGUUUGCACGGAGCAACCAGUAGCCCUUAACGGUGUAGCACAGAACGGGUCAGUGGAUGAAACUAACGCGGUCAGCAACAGGGUGUCGCCCGUUUCGGAACUGGAGAGAGACGGGGAACAAACAGACGACAACAAGGGGUCAGGAAACGAAACCGAAACGGAGACCGAGACCGAGACUGAGACGUCAUUUGGGAGGCCUCUGUCCACAGACGCCCUGGAAGAAUUCGGGGAUUUUAGCACCACGGGGUCCGUCCCUUCCCCGCCGCUUCAAGAGGAAACGGCCACGCCUGCCGACCAUAGCCAGCUAGCGGAGGAUGAGGACGACGAGGAUUUCGGAGACUUCGGCGACUUUGGUGACGCCAGCUCCUUUGCCGGAGCGGGUUUUGCUGAUUUUGACCAGCGAGGGGCGUCUGUAAGCGGUGACUCCAUCGUGUCUGCUCCCAAAGCUCUUGAGGAACCAGGAGAAGCAGAUGAGGAGGAAUUUGGCGACUUCGACACCUCGAGAGAACCGGGAGAGCCCGGAGAGGAAGCUGAAGAUGGGGAAAAGCUUGCGAGUUUUCCUGGCAGCGAUAGUUUUGCAGACUUUCGUUCGGCUCCAGCUGACGCUGGCCCCGACACAGAUGGUGGCUGGCAAGCUUUCGGUGAACCAGACCAAAACCAGGGGGACGGUGAGUCCUGGGCUUCGUUUGGGGAAGAUCAGAGUGCGUCUUUUUCUCAAAAGAGCGCGGCUGAUUGGUGUGAAAACCAGCCUGCGCCAGCGCCCCCUACUGACAGCAGUGAGAACAACAGAAGAGACUCUGUAACUGCCUCAUUGGUCAGCCGCCUGGAGAGGCUGUUCCAAGCCAGCUUCCCUGAGACGCCCAUCACUCGGGUCGAGGAGGAAGUGGUCCCACUCAAGGCCUUCCUGGAGCCUCCUGACAAACCCCAACAGGAAGAGGAAGACAGGGCGCCACCAGCUGGGGGACUGCAGGGUGUGUGGCGGCAGCUGCAGGACAUCCACAAUGCCUUCGGCCUUAGACAUCAGUGGGGCGGUUCCCACAGCAACAAGAUGCUGCUCUGCUCCCUUGGAAUCGACACCAGAAAUAUUCUUUUCACUGGUCAGAAGAAGCAGCCUAUCAUUGUGCCCAUGUAUGCUGCUAGUCUGGGUAUGCUGGAGCCCACCAAAGAGCCAGUGAAACCAGUCUCCGCAGCGGAAAUGAUCGCCUCCAUAGCACAAGCGUCUCCGGUUGCCACGGAGAUAAACACAUGCCCUCCGGACACUACCCAGGAGACGCUCCCACCUGUGCAGUUUGAUUGGAGCAGCAGUGGUCUGACCAAUCCAUUGGAUGCGAGCGGAGGUUCCUCUCUACUCAACCUCGAUUUCUUUGGCCCCGUGGACGAGUCGGCCUCUAGCACUACCACCACCAUCCCAGGGGUCGAUCCCGAGCUGUACGAGUUGACCACGGCCAAACUGGACUCGAGCGGAACAGGUAGCCGUGUGGCCGACGCCUUCGCCAGGCUCAUGUCGACGGUGGAGAAGACCAGCACGUCCACCAGGAGGCUGCGUAAAGAGGAGGCACUGAGUGAGGAGGCUCAGAAGGUCAUCUCUGGACUGCCGGACUUGUCUUUCAUGCAGGCCAAAGUCCUCAUGUUCCCCACCUCCCUCACUCCGCUGGACUCCUCCUCCUCCUCCUCCUCCAUACCUGACUAAUCCCGUCUCUCUCUCGCUCUCUCUCUCUCGCUCUCUCUCUCGCUCUCUUUCCCGGUCUGCCUCUCAAAUCCACUGGCUUCAGUCGUGUCAGAGUUUGAGUUUCUCCUCUUCAUGCACACGUUCUCCUCGUCUAUUUUUUUGGACCCGUUUGUCUCCUUUAAAAACCUCGUCGGGGUUUUUUGUAUGUUUUUGUUUUUGUUUUUUGUUUUGUAAGCACGGCACGUUUCUUUAUUUGCGUCACGUCCAUUAACCCUGGAGCUGGAAUUCCGACGGCGUCUCAGACCUGGGAAGACUCUGUGUGUGUGAGACGGAGGGGACGAAGCUGGAAGAAUCGUUUAUUUAUAGAGAUCGGUUUUUAGACAAGUGCUGUUUAUAUUAGGAUUCAAUCUGUAUUUAAUCAGGGAUAAUUUGUUCCGCUUUUUUUUUUCUUUUUUCUUU